AACAGGGAAGGGAGAGGAGAGGCUCUGGAUGGAGAGAGAUGCUGUUGCCAUGGGAAGCAGCCUCAUAGGCGACCAGUGAAAACCACAGCAGGAUUAUCCUGUGGAGGAAAAGGACACUAGUGCUUGUUUUUCCCCUCCAAAUUGUGAUCCAGUGCAGGGCUCUGAAUUGAUAUUGCAGUGAGGUGGAAACAUGCAUGUAGAUCCACAUAAAGAAGGAAAGGAAGAGCAGCCAGAUCAGGAUGCCAGAGCAGAUGCAUUCCCAUUAAAGGAAUUUUGUGUCUCACUGGGGUGGACAUAGGCGCUGAGAGGCAGGCUGUCGGCUCACUCUUCACGGCCAGUUCUUCUCCAACAAAGGUGGUCCGGGCGGAGGACAGGAGGGGGAGUCCAGAACAGAGGUUCCCCCUGUCUUCAGGCACCUGCUGCUUGCUAGUUGCUGACACCGAGGACACUGAAUGACUUUGUCAGUGCACGAGGCUGUGUGUGUGUGUGUGUGUGUGUGUGUAUCUGUGUGUGUGCGCGUGUGUAAGCAUCUGAAUCAAUCAGAGACAGAGAGGGAAUUUCAGACUGACCGGUGCUUCUCUGUUAAUGUGGAGGAUUGAGACAUUCUUCCCUCUAAUCUUUGCAUCUGUCACAGACCAGAGGAGAGGUUUUGGAGGGGAUCUCUUAUUGUACAACUCCGGCUCGCCUCUCUGACGGAUGGGCACCACUGAGGCGACUCUACGGAUGGAGAACAUGGAAGUAAAAGACGAGUGGCAGGAUGAAGACUUCCCCAGACCUCUACCAGAGUACGGAGACAUGGACCCCGACUACGGUCUUUCGGACAACAGAGUCUCUCCUCCUAACUCGCUGCUUGUGAGCCCUCCCGGAGGAGGAGGAGGAGGCGUCUCUUCAUCUCAUUGUAAACGGAGGACACUGGUGGCCCCGGAGAUGAAUCUGUCCUUAGAUCAGAGCGAAGGUUCUCUGCUGUCAGAUGAUUUCCUGGACACGCCGGACGACCUGGACAUCAACGUGGAUGACAUCGAUACUCCCGAUGAAACAGACUCGCUGGAGUUCAUAACCAACGGGAAUGACCUAGAGUGGGAAGACGACACUCCGGUGGCCUCGGCGAAAGCAGGUCCUGCCGGCGGCUCAGGGGAAGCGGGCGAGGACGGAAACGCAAAUUGUGGGCGUCUGUGGAGGACAGUGCUGAUAGGGGAGCAGGAGCAUCGUAUCGACAUGCAGCUCAUCAGACCUUACCUGCGGGUCAUCACACAUGGAGGAUAUUAUGGAGAAGGCCUGAACGCCAUCAUCGUGUUCUCUGCUUGUUACCUUCCCGACAGCAGCUGCUCAGACUACCACUACAUCAUGGAAAACCUCUUCCUGUAUGUGGUCAGCAGCCUGGAGAUGCUGGUGGCCGAAGAUUACCUGAUCAUCUACAUGAACGGAGCCACGCCUCGGAGUAAGAUGCCCGGAAUCAGCUGGCUGAAGAAAUGCUACCAAAUGAUUGACAGGAGACUGAAGAAGAACCUGAAGUCUCUGGUCAUCACUCAUCCCACGUGGUUUAUCCGUACAGUUCUGGCCAUAUCCAGGCCUUUCAUCAGUGUGAAGUUCAUGAAUAAGAUCCAGUAUGUCCACAAUCUGGAUGAACUGGCACAAAUUGUCCCCAUGGAGCACGUCCAUGUUCCUGAGUGUGUGGUGCAAUUUGACGAAGAGAGGAUUAAAGCCCGGAGGGAAAGGAUGGAGCAGGAGCAGCGACAGCAGGCUCAGCAGCCGGUCCCACGGGAGCCUAUUAAAAAGUCUGAAAGGCCAAAAUCAAUGAUUGUGGGGUUGUGAGAAGGGCAGGAGCGAGAAGCUGAAGGGUGAGACAGCAACUCUUCCUACUUUAUUUUACAAACACAAAGCUGAUGUUUAUGUCCGGCCGAGAGAGGAAUAAUCUCUUCCAUAAUCUUCAUUCCAUCAGGAAGUCCUUCCUUCUCUCACCUGGAAGUGUUUCUGCAUCAUUAAAACGUCCAAAGGAAGUGACCUGACGUGUAGCAGCUCCUAUAAAGGUUGGGUUUUCGCUCUGUGGAUUGUGUUUCUCCUGCUGUAAUUUAAGUUCAGAUUAGAAGCUUGUUUCAGAUUGAUUUGAUGCAUCAAUCAAGCAGAGGAACUCUGAGCGCUUCACAGCUCAAAAUACACGUUGGUUUUUCUGCAAAGAGGACAGAAUGAGCAUCUUAAUGUCAGAUCUGUACACACACAGGUCAUAACUGUGCCCGAUGUAGCAAGAGUUUCACAAAUGUGACAAAAUGCCUUCAUCUCUGUUUUUUACCUGCUGUAUCAUUAGACCUUUUUUAAAAGUCUAAAUGUUUUUGUUCUUUCUGGUUCCAUCUGCUUUAUGAUGUUUCCUUUAGCCCCGCCCACCUGGCUUAUAAUGUUGAAAUACUUACAUGACCAAUAUCUGUAUAUUUACCCAUACAUGUUUAUAUUUGUGCAUUUUUCAUCAUAUGAGCUGACAUAACACAAUAUAUGCAUAAAAGUAAAAGAUAUUUUUAGUUAAUUAAAUGCCUCUUAUUGUAGAAGCUGAAUGCAACCGUAAUUUACCCAAAUUAAAGAUUUUACAUCAGAUUUAGAGCAAAACUAUGUAUAUAUUCACACAAACACCACAUUUUUAUUGUUUCGGAAAACGGUCAUGUGAGGAUGACUUGAUGUCGGCUUAGAUUGUCAGAAAACUUUCAGAUAAAUAAAAUUUAUGCAGAUGACUUUUCAGAGCUUCAGUUUCUAAAAUGUUUAGUUUUUUUAAUGAGGUUAAAUAUAUUUUAUUUUGCAUUUUCAGUCGAUUGUAGCAGCGGAGCAGCAGAUUGUAUCACCUGUGUGCUCUUCAUAUCAGUUUGCACGGUUUUUAAGAACUUUAUUUGUAAUUUUUUUUUGUGCACAGCUCAUGAAAUGCAGCUUUUUGUAAAUUACACAGAUGAAAAAAUGAAAAGUUUAUUUUUAAAGUUCUGUUGCCUUCCUAAAAGAAGAACGCUGGAUAAACGGUUCAACUUUCUUUCUAAUUUCCUUAAUUUCCUGGUUCUUUAAGUGUCUGUGGUGAAAUGAAACGCUUGUGUUGCUCAGCUUUGAUGGAACAAUUUUUAGUUUGUCAAUCUGGUUGCAGGUUGGACUGAGUGCCUGUUGUUGAACGCAAAGUCAAAUCUAAUAAAGUGAAAGAGUAAAAAGUGGAACCUUUUAUAUAUUGAAAUGUUUUUGUUAUUAUUAUUAUUAUUUUAUGACCCACAAUGUCUGAUAUCGUCAUAAUGAAAAUAAUCCUUUUGACUGUAAAGCACAACGUUAAUAUCAAACAUUUCUCCUCUGUUUGCUCAGAUUUACAUAAACAUCAUUCAGUCUAAAAAAUGCUGUAAAUAUGUCUGAAUAAAUUCCUCCUUAAAACUCUG